AUGGCCACGCCACCACCCACAACCACGACAUACAUCACGCACCUUCACCCCAUAUACCGCAUCUGGUUCCUCUGGGCCGACCCAAUCAUCACCUGGGCCACUGUCGGCGCGGCCUUUCUGUCCCCAGGCCUCCUUUAUGAUGCCCUCAUGCCCCCCCACCUCUCGGCGGCCCGUGACCCAACUCACGACUUCCUGAUCAGGCAGAUGGGCGCACUGUACAUCCCCAUCGCUCUUGCAGCUACCGUGCUUCUGCGCGCGACCCGGGACUUUGCGGUCUGGAAGAUCGUCCAGGGCUCCAUUCUGGUGGUGGACGCCAUACUCGUUGCCCUCAUCUUUUCGUCCUUGAAGGACAGGGAGGUGCUGUACCGCCCAGCGGAGUGGAUUGCAAACGACUGGCAGAACUUGGGAUUGACGGUAUGGGUGGCAGUGUUGAGGGCAUUAUUCGCCGCUGGUUUUGGAGUCAAGACGGAGUCUGUGAAGAGCAAGUCUAUUUGA